GCAAGGCCUCUCACUACAAUAUCAGUGUAUUUCCUCGUGAUAAAUUUUGUUACAUAUAUACAGUCAGGAAAUGUUGGUCGAUAAUAAAGUCAUGUCAGUCUGUUCGAUGUUUUAUAGGACACUGAACUGAUAGUAAAUCAACACAUCAGUAAAUAAACUCUUAAAUGGAACCUUACAACGAUGUCCUUCGAAUGCAGUACCAAGACCCGAAAACAUUACUGUUUGAUGCUGUAUUGCAAGGAAAUACUGUAACGGUUAAACAGCUUAUUUCCAGUGGAAUAGACAAAAAUACUGUUAUUCAUAGCCCAGUCAAGUGGGAAGGUGCUACGAUCCUCGGUACUGCCGCUUACGAGGGACAUUUUGAAAUUGUUAGAUUUCUGGUAGAAUCAGGAACAUCCGUUAAUUUCAUUGAUCCAUGCAUGGGAAGAAAUUCCCUGCACUGGGCAUGCAUGGGCAAUCAGUGUAACAUAGCGAAGUAUCUCAUUGAAAAUGGUUCUGAUGUAAAUCAUUCAGACAAAGAUCUCGUGACUCCUUUGAUACAAGCAUGCCUUUGUCAGAAUCUUGAUCUUGUUCGUUUGCUAAUACAUCAUGGCGCCGAUACCAACUUAGUGGACCGUCUGCAGUGUUCGCCUCUUCAUUAUGCAUGCAUGUAUCGCAAUCCUCCAUUAGUAGAAAUCAUAAUUAAAAGUGGUUGUGUUUUAAACAAUCAUUCUAGUUUGGCGAAAGGGACGCCAUUAUCUAAUAUAGUUAUAAACAUGGAUAUGAAAAAUUGUUCUUUGUUAUUGAAUGCUGGUUACAGUCUUCGGGAUGAUUCUUGGUUUGAACAGAGUAAGAAAUGCCAUGAUGACCAUAGAAUUAAAACUCUCAUUGACUAUCAGAAAACCAUUAAGUCACUGAAAAACUUGUGUCGAAUAAAUGUUAGAAGACAGUUGUUGAAAUGUGUGAAAAUAGAACAUACAAUAAAUUCACUUGAAAUUCCGAAUAACUUAAAAUCCUAUUUGAACAUGAAAGAAGUAUAGCUAUCCGCAAGCUGUUGUCGUAAUAUUUUGGUACAUACAUGUAUUUGGCAUUUAUUUUAUACAAACAUUACAUUUUUUACAAAUAAAAGAGUAAACAAUCAUA